AGGGGGGGAACACGUCCGGUGGCCAGCAGCGACGCGGCGGGUGCGAGGGUGGCAGUCGUGCCGGGCACGCGGGCGGGGGUAGGAGGGGUGCAACGAACCCUCUCGCCUCGGCUCGAGUCUACGGAGCACGGAGUUGUGUUCGAAUCAUGGCGACACCCGACCCCGUAGACCCAGCCACCCUAGAGAUUAAGACCCGUAGCAUAGAACAGACACUACUCCCGCUAGUGAAGCAGAUUUCCACAUUAAUCUCGCAUAGAGAACGGCCGCUAUGCUCGGACCGGAGUUUGCGAGCGGUCGCCAGGGUCGGCCAGGCGGUAAAUUUGGCGGUCGAGAGAUUCGUGACCGUCGGCGAAACUAUCGCGGACGACAACCCGGAAAUCAAGCAGGAUAUGUACGAGGCUUGCAAGGAGGCGAGGGUUGCCGGUUCGGCAAUCGAGAAAUUAUGCGAAUGUGCCUUGGAGGACAGUCUGGCAGACCGAGGUUCCGUCGUGAGAGCUGCCAGAUGUCUCCUAGGCUCAGUGACGAAAGUCCUCCUCCUGGCGGACAUCGUCGUGGUCAAUCAAUUGCUCCACGCCAAGGAUAAAGUCGCCCGCAGUCUCGGACGUCUCGAGAGCGUUUCGAAUUUCACCGAAUUCGUCAAGGCGUUCAGCCAAUUCGGAGGAGAGAUGGUCGAGUUGGCGCAUUUAACGGGCGAUCGUCAGAAUGAUCUCAAAGACGAGAGGCGACGCGCGCAGAUGGCAGCGGCUCGACAAGUGCUAGAAAGGAGCACCAUGAUGCUCCUCACGUCCAGCAAGACGUGCUUAAGGCAUCCCGAAUGCCCGUCCGCGAAGGAGAACAGAGACACCGUUUUUUGCCAAAUGAGAAGAGCGAUGGAUCUGAUACAUUAUGUCGUCAAGGACGGGGUAUUGGACUGCAGUGAAUCUCAAUCCUACUCGAAUUCACAGAGUCCGCAGCAGGAAGACUGGGACAGCAGUACCGUUUGCUCGGCAUUGAAACACUUCGAGAGGCUCGUUGAAACAACAAGGAUGACCCUAUUGGGACCGGGCUGCCGCGAGACACUUACGUCGGCGUUAGAAACAGUGGUGGAGAGAACGCAGGACUUCACCGACAGCGCCUACACGAGCCACGAGCACAGAGAAAAUAUUCUCUUACUUUGCGAUCGUGCGAAACUCGAGCUCAAUACACUCCUACGGAUCGGUAAUAGCAUGAAUUACGAGGGCGGCGGGGGUUCACCGAGCUCCGAGAUGGAACAAGCGGUGAUGGGUGUGCUGCGGGCGACCAGAGAUCUCCGCCAGCAGCUCAGCGCGACGACGAUGGAACAAGCCGGUGAUCUUGGCCAAGUGACAAAAGCCGGCCAGGAGCUCGUGUCAACGAUCAGAAAUCUCGCGUUGGCCAAUGACAUCGACCGUCUGCAAGAGAGCAGCGACAGGUUCCACGAGUACAUCGAACACAUUCUCGAAGUAUGUAAGCUUCUGAGACACGUUGCGCUCUCGGAAUCGUUGCAAGUGUCGGCAAAGUUUACGGAAAUCAAUUUGAGAAUAUACGGUCCUCAAGUCGUAACGGCUGCGCAUACGCUAGCUAGGCAUCCCACAAGUAAGAUUGCCAAGGAAAAUCUCGAAGUAUUUGCUGACAUGUGGCAAUGGCUCAUGACUGACGUGACGACAGUAGCGAAAGACGUCCUGGAACUCAGUCAAAGUCGGCCAGAGAAGCAAGUUUACAUGUCCUUGCCGCGGCCAGGGAAACAUGGCACGACGAGCAAACCAUUGAAACCAGUGCGAUUGGAUAGCGAGGAGCAGGCGAAGAUAGCCAAGGCGGGUCUCGAGAUGAAACUGAUCACUUCGGAGAUGGACGCCGAGACGGAAAAAUGGCAAGAGAGCGGAAGUGCUCUGGAGGAGAACAACGACAUUGUGAAGCGGGCAAAGAACAUGUCGUCCAUGGCAUUCUCGAUGUAUCAGUUCACGCGAGGCGAAGGCGCGCUGAAGACCACCCAGGAUCUGUUCACCCAAGCUGAGUAUUUCGCCGAGGAGGCGAACAGAUUGUACAAGGUUGUGAGACAAUUCAGUUACCAGGUACCAGGUGGACCGCACAAGAAAGAUCUCCUGGAAAAUCUGGAUCGAGUGCCGACUUACGUUCAGCAAUUACAAUUCACCGUGAAGAAUCCUACCGUCGGCAAAGCCGCCACAUUUACAAAAGUCGACAAUGUUAUACAAGAAACGAAAAAUCUCAUGAAUGUGAUCUCGAAGGUGGUCACAACGUGCUUCGUCUGCGCCACAAAGUACAACCUGGAUUUCCGAGGUCUGUCGGCGCGCGGGGCCGGCGGCUCGCCGUACAGGGGCGGAGAGGGCGGGGGAGCUGACGGCGACGGUGGCGGAGUUGGCGCCGACGGCAGCAAGACGGGCUCCGUCCCCGGCAGCGACCCGUCCGUCUGACAGUUUGGGAUGGCCCGACGGGCCAAGGGGGACGCUCGCCGCACCCGGGUUUCCUUUCUGCUUUUCUAGGGAGAACCUCCUCGCCUGCCCCAUCAACGGAGCGCGUACACGUCGAUCGGAAGUCGCGGGACUGCCGCCGCCGUCACCAUUAUGUCGGCGACAAAGUCCCGCGUCAGCCGUGUGUCGAAGUACUGUAGUAUCUUAUUCGGAGGUGCCUCGCCUGGCCGGGAUAUACUCGUAGCCGCUGUCGGCGAUCUAUUGAGCGUAUUAACGGUAUUCGAAAGCUGAACGGGUGAAGAGAGUAGCGUUCCUUUGGACGCCCUGAUGAUUUGUCACGAGAAUGGAUUUCAAUCAAAAUGCCUUUGCGACCGCUAAUGUAAAGCGAUCGCGAAAGUGUUAAUUGUACGAGAAAGACGUUACUGGUCUCGAAAUGUUAAAAUUUGCUCAGCCACGCUGGCACCCUCACGUUUCGCGAUCAGGAACCGUAGGAAUUAAUCCCAGUAUUAAUUAAUGGCUCAAAAAAAUGGUAAACGUGCUUAAAAUAUUAUGCAACGGUUCGAUGUGCUUGGACAAUCGCUUGAUGAUGCAAUAUAGGAAGAUGCUUGGCAAUGUCGACGUGUACGUUUCACUAGAUCGUUUUAUCGCGCGUACUUUCUGGCUUCUAACAAUGAGAGAAACAAAUUUAUACGCCGCUGUUUGUCUCAGACGCGCGCGCGCGCGUUUUUACUCGAAAGCGGACGAGCUUGGGAGCAGUUACAUAUUUAACAUGGUCGAGUUCCGUCACGCUUGACGACCGAGGCGUGGAAAAGCGAAGAGUUAAGCCGAGCUGGCAUCACAUGGAGUCGAGUGCGAAAGUGGCGGAUGAAAAAUGUGCGCGUCUAUAUGAUUUGCGAAAUUGUUUGCUUUGAUACUCCGAUCAUCUGAUCACUUUAAUCGUAGCCAUGAAUUUGUUAGAAAUAUAGAGCAAAAGUCGCUUUUGCACGAAUAAUGAAAUUUAUUCUUAUAUUCACCUUAGCGUAACCGAAUUACGUCUUUCAGCGAUAAAGUUUCUCAAAAUGAAGAUACAAUUAAACACCUGCGGCGGCAUUACAUUUCACCGUGGCUGCUUCAAUAACAGUGUUUCACUUUCGCGUUAUCACUCUUGAUUUUAAAGCCAGAGAUUCUAGAAUAUUCUCUAAGUAAAUCACGAAAUUACAAAAUUAAAUACCAACCCAUGAUUAUAAACUGUGAACUGAGACAGCUUAUUUAAUACGUAGUACGUUUUAUUACGAUGCUAAAACGUCGGAUAUACUUCCGGUGGAUAAGGACGCGAACAUUCGGAGUCUCAUUUCAUUAUUCUCGCGAGAAGGAGGAAAAAACUUUUCCGCUGACAUAUGGCUGCGCACAAAACAAAUCGUUCUUCCAUAUCGAGAAGUUGGUGCAACGACAAUAAUUAACAAAUGUCGAUCGCAGUGCCUUUUUUUAGGUGUGAAAACUUUGUCGAAACUUUUGCCGAGAUCAACCUCGGCUUUCGUGUUACGCCAACUUCGGUGAACAGAUUCCGCACAGGAUCGCAUUACACAAGCAGUUACAAGAAGGAUAACUCGCGCAUACAUACUUAUACAUAUUAUGCAUACAUCUGCAUAAUUAUAGCUCGUGAAAUGUAAAAACGUACUAUGCGAAAAUUUAAAAAGCUCUCCGCUCGAAGGCAAGCCGAUGAAAAGCAGCGUUUGAAACUUUUGAAAAGCCACGCGCCGACGAACGGCUUUCCCCCCUUUUACGUUGUACUCAAUUCGCCGACUAAUUAGAGAAAUUUGAACGGUGGCAGUCUAAAGUUUAUACGAAUCCACCCGUGUAAGAGACACUU